GUCCCUCGCGCCGCCCUUCCCAGCCAAGAUGGCGGCGCCCAUGAUCAUGCGAGUCGGGUGCCGCCGUGUCGCGGGUCUUUGCGGGGGCCUCUCCCGGCGGAUCCAUCACCAGCCGCAGCGGGCUCCGGGCGCCAAGGGGCUGCUGGCGGCGCAGUGCGAGCGGGGCCUGUUCCAGGAGGUGUUCCCGGCGCAGAGCGCGGAGGAAGGGCUGCCCGCCCUGCUGGAGCCGGGCCAGCCCCCGCAGACCGUUUACUGUGGCUUCGACGCCACGGCCGACUCGCUGCACGUCGGCCACCUGCUGACCGUUAUGGGCCUGCUGCACUUUCAGCGCGCGGGGCACAACGUCAUCGCCCUGGUAGGCGGGGCCACCGCCCGCCUGGGCGACCCGAGCGGCCGCACUAAGGAGCGCGAGCCGCUGUCGGAGGAGCUCGCGCGGGAACACGCGCUAGGCCUGCGCGAGGGGCUGCGGAGGCUCUUCGACAACCACCGCCUGGUGUUCUGGCCCGCGGCGGGCGGCGCGCGGUUGGGCGAGGUGAUGCUGCAGGACAACGCGUGGUGGCUGGGGCGCGAGCCGGUGGUGGGCUUCCUCUGCGGGGUCGGGGGGCGCCUGCGCAUGGGCACCCUGCUCAGCAGGCAGAGCUGCCAGGCUCGGCUCCGCAGCGCCGAGGGCAUGAGCCUGGCUGAGUUCCUCUACCCGGCCCUGCAGGCCUACGACUUCCUGCACCUGCACCGACACCACGGCUGUCGCAUCCAGCUCGGGGGAGCCGACCAGAUGGGCAACAUCAUGUCCGGAUAUGAGCUUGUCACCAAAGUGACGGGAGACGAUGUGUUUGGAAUCACCGUGCCUCUUAUUACCAGUACCACUGGAGAUAAAUUGGGAAAAUCUGCUGGUAAUGCAGUUUGGCUAAACAGAGAUAAGACCUCUCCAUUUGAACUGUAUCAGUUUUUUGUUAGACAGCCAGAUAGCACGGUUGAAAGGUACCUGAAACUCUUCACUUUCAUUCCUCUUCCGGAGAUUGAGCACAUGAUGGAAAUGCAUGCUAAAGAACCUGAAAAGCGGGGACCUCAAAAACGACUUGCUGCAGAAGUAACUAAGCUUGUUCAUGGAAAAGAAGGUCUGGAAUCUGCUAAAAGAUGUACAAAAGCACUGUAUUACAGCAGUGUGGAGGCACUGGAGGCUAUGUCUGACCAAGAAUUACAGGAACUCUUCAGAGAAGCUCCAUUUGCUGAAUUGAUGCUUGAACCUGGAAUGAGUGUACUUGACCUGUGUCACAAAGCAAAUGCCAUUCCAGAUGGACCUAGUGGGUACCGGAAGAUUACAGAUGGUGGAGUCUCUAUAAACUACAUUCAAGUAACUAAUCCUGAAACUGUUCUUGUUAUUGGGCAACAUAUCCUCAAGAAUGGAGUGUCACUACUUAGGAUUGGAAAGAAAAACUUCUAUAUUAUAAAAUGGCUGACAUUGUGACAAAAGGAAAUACCUAAUUCAAAGAUACACCUUCACACUAAAUUUCCCAAAGCCGCUAUCUUACCUUGUCCUUUCUAUAUUGUGUAUAUUGCACAUCUCAAGAACAGCACAACAAGAGCGUACUGUUUGUCUCAUUCUUCUCACAGUGAGAGAUUCUACCUAAUACACCUGGUUCAAAUAAAAGCAGCUAAAUUUAUGAAGAUGGAUAAUUUUGUAUUUUAAUUUUGACAGUGUUAAUAAAUCUGAGAGGUUUGUUACAUACUAUGAGUCAUGGAGUGAAGAAUACAGUAAAGAAACUCAGAGCAAAUUAUUCCAACUAGUCUACCCCAGAAUUCCUUUAGGGCUAGAGCAGUCGUCAUUCCCAUAAUCAGUCCUCCAAAACAGAAUUCUCAAUGCAAUAAAUACGUCCCAGAAGGCAAUCUACUCAUUUGCCAUCAGGGUUAUAAAAAACUCAUUUAUUCCCUGCCCCCUCCAGAAAAGACGUGCUUUGUGUUCUAGGUUGAGACUUUCAUGUUUUUGAAUAGUAACAGAAUUUGAAAGUUUAAACACUGGGCUCUCAUUUCAACCAGUGCAAAUCAACUUUUAUCCAAAAAGGUGAGCUGUGGAGAGAUGAAGCUUAAUGUUUCCUGAUGGGCAGAACAGCAAGUUACAGACAUGUUUAGAAGCCUAAACUCAUGGAGGCUUUGGUGAUUGGAGGAAGAGGUGUGGGUACAGGAUAGAAUGAAAUGUCAUCAGAUGUUGGAUUUGCUUAAUUAGUCUUGCUUUACCACCUGCAACUCCUGGGCCUUCUAGCCUCUUGUAUAGGAGUUAUCCCACUGGAGAAAUUACACAGGUUCCUACUGCUACUUUCCUGGAACAAGUGUAAAGAGGAUAUGCAUAAGAACAUAAAAAUACCAAUUUAUGAAGGUAGUUUCCCUCAAGGGCAGCCAGAGGUCAUGUACGUAAUAGUGGAUCUGUCUGGAUCUCAAGAUGCUGAUGAAAACCACUGUGAGGCUGCUGAGCGUGACCCAGGGAACAUGGGCUAGAAUUUCUCAUUCCAUUGAUCAUCAACCUAUUGGAAGUGAGAGCUAUCAGAGUCCUCCUGCAGAAGGAGCAAUCCUUGGCCAAGCUGACUUCACUCUGACAGAGCAGCCUACGUAAAUUGGUACGGUGAAAUGAACUCAAGCUUGAAGACAAGAGAGAUCCUUUCCUGGGCAGAUAUGGCUUUCAUCAGGCAAGUUACAUAAGAGAUCCAACAUAAAAGCAGACUGGCUGAGCCUUAUAGUUCCUGAGCCUCUAGUUGUUGCAGUGCAAAUAAGCAAGCUGUCAGAACAAGUGACUUUUUGGACCGCCUAAAUUAGACUCUUCAGAUACAGACACCAUACAAGACUUCUGCACAGAAGCAGCAGCCUAGCUAUUCCACAUGACAAAUGCCCAUAACCAAACCAAAGUACCUUCCCUCCAAUUCAUCUACUAAUAACAUUGAUAAGAAAAAGGGAGGAUGUAACAUAAAUCAAGACGCUGUAAUGCAAAGACCCAGAACUCUGUGACCACGAAAUACUUUUCAUUCCCAACCUAUUUCCGCUGAGUUUGUGUAGUUUGUCAACCAAGGGAGAGCCAUUGGAGUAGGCUGGGCUGUCUGAAGCAGGACUGGGAUCCUGUGACUGCUGUAGGACCUGCUGCCUUAAUAGAAGGAGCAGGUAAAAUGUACUUUUGUGGUGGGUGGGAGUGGGUAGGCAAAAAUAACUGUUUUCCUGCUAGUUACUGCACUCUCUCAUCAGUUUGUCAAAUAAAAUUUCAGCAGUGUGAA